CUUCCUGCUUGACCUGGCAGCAGCCUGUCUCCUCCUGGUGCCCCUCCUCCGGCCCUGUGUUUUCCUCAGCAGGUCCAGCGCAGCAGUUAAGCCGUGUCACUCCACACAGGCUGCGCCUAUAAGAUCCUGAGAUGAAAUCACAUGAUGAGGGAGAGAGAGACAGACAAAGAUUAACCAUGAAUGGGAGAUGACAGCAGGCUCAGACAGACACGGGGACACACUCAUGCUGCUCUGCCUCCACUGUAGCGUACACUACUACCGCUGCAGUCAUAACGAUGCGAGAGGAGAGGAGGGAGCAGAGGGGAGGAUGGUGGAGUGAGGCAGGGCGGGGCUGCUGAGUGACGGAGCGAAAGGCAAGAGAGGGAGGAAGCUGCUCAACAGACGGCCAAGAAACACAAGGAGGAGGAGGAGGAGGAAGGAGAAAGAGAGAGAGAGAGAGAACGUGUGUGUGUGUAUCCACAGGGCGUGAGUGCCGGCAGCAGAGGAGGAGGGGGGGGGGCUUCCAGACUGGAUGGGCCCAGCGAUGCCUUGAUGGAGUAUGGGCCAGGUUUUAGGAUUCUCCCACUGCCAGGAAUAUGGCUCUGUGGCAUCCACUCCAGACUCAACACCUCCGUGCACCGAUGGCGGAAACGAGGAGUCAGAGAUGUACGAGCUGCAAACAGCCAGGGAGUGGUCUGACGACGACGAGGGCGGAGAUGGAGAUCCAGAUGAUGAUGAGGGACUGGCCUCGUCCCCGUCCAUCUGGGGCACACCACGCCAGAACUCCUUUGAGCUGACUUUCUCUUACAUCGCCAUCGCCGAGGCUGAGGCGGUGGGAGCCUCACGACAUCUCCGCGACCGACGCAGGGGCGGCUCUCGGGGGAGUCGCACCCCUCUGAUCCGCACGGACACCUUGGAAACACUGUUGGACUCCCCCGACGUGGACUGGGACCCUCAGGCCUUCCUCAGCCAGGAGGAAGAGGAGGAGGCAUCAGAAAGGAGAGAGCGGGAGAGGGUAGAGGCGAGGACGACGAGCGUGGCGGGACGGAGGGAAAGAGAGCAGCAUGGACAAACUGAGACUAUUACAAUUCAGCCCUCUCCCCAAAAUCUGGACCCAGAAACUCAGGGGAGAGAUGCAGAAAUCCAAAGAGAGGAGAUUCAAAGCAGUACGACUGAGUCUGUCCCACCUCCAUCCCUGUCUGCACAGCAGCAGAGCCCAACACAGAUACUUCAGGCAGCAGCAGCAGCCUCCUCACCGAGCCCCGAGCCAGAGUCUCCCGUCACCAGGGAAACCAUCUCAGUCAAGCUGCUCACAUCUGUGCGACCCAGAGGCCCAGCCUCCUCAUCGCCAGCUGCCAUUGGUCUAAACUCUCAGGAACAGCUGGUCAGCGAUCACUGGUUCUCGGCACUUAGCCUAUCAGAGGACCCGACAGUAUGCACCCACAUAGCAGUGAUGGAUCUGAUUUACUGGAAGGACACGGAGCGAACGGGCAUGGUGCUAACGGGACUGGUGGUAGGCCUGCUGUCCCUGUUCCAGCUCAGCAUCAUCACUGUGGUCUCCACAGUCUCCCUAGCUGUCAUGUGCUUCACCAUCUCAGUGCGCAUCUACUACCAACUCCUCUACAUUCUCAGCUGGGGUGAUGGACAGCACCCCUUCAAGUCAUACUUGGACCUGGACAUCAGUUUCAGUGGGGAGCAGGCUGACCUCUACAUGCAGAAAGCCAUCGUCAUGGCUCUGUCUGCUGUCGACACUCUGAAGAGACUCUUUUUUGUUGGAAACCUUUUCGAGUCCUUCAAGUUCCUGGUUCUGAUGUACCUCGUGACGUACCUGGGAGACCUGUGCAAUGGCCUUACUCUGCUCAUCAUUAGUGUGAUUGCUCUCUUUUCUCUGCCACUUUUCUACAGACAGCGCCAGGAGCAAGUGGACAGCAUCACUGCAAAAUUCCAGGCCCAAAUUGACAACGUCAAGGACAUCUUUCAAAGACUUGUCCAGGGCGGUGGCCCUCCCCCUGACCCGACUCCUGGUGGCGCCAAGCCCAAAAUCCAGUAAACCGUGAUGAACAAGAACUUAAAGACACACUCCCAGAGUUACAGGCUGUCACUCAGAUGUCUUACCCAGCAGUCUGUGCUCAGAGCUCUUGAGAAUAGAGCUCCAGAGACUGGGGAAGGGUUGGGAUGAUACUUAAACGGACGAUGAUGAUGAGGAUUACGCAUGGUACUUUAUACUCUAACUGUAUCUACGUUAUGGGGUCAGAGGUUGGGGUUAAAAUUUAAUCAAGGUGAAAUCAAGGUGUAUGAAUCCUGGAUGAUUCUUGCUGCUGACAUCAGAGAUGGAGAGACUGGGCGAUACAGAUCGUCAUGUCAUGUGUGACCACCUUUGGAAAUAUUCACUGUUUUUAAAAUGUAAAAAUGACUCAAGAAGUGUCUUAGAUGGAGCUGUAGUCGAAAUGAAGUACUGAGACCAGAAAUGGGAAGUUCCCACACCAACAGCUACAUGCCUGAGAAAAAGGAAAGUCAGUCUUUAAGGUGAUUUAGGCUAGCAGACAAAACAGAGGUCAUCAUUAUUCAUGGCAGCAUAAAACUGGCAAAUAAGAAUGCAUGUGUCAGCACAUGUACUUUUCUGAAAGCAUAUUCAUUCUCAUGACUGUUUCUCCAUGUGUAUGCAAGUAUGAGUGUGUUUGUGUGUGUGUGUGUGUGUGUGUGUGUAAUUCCUGACAUAUGGCUUGCUGAAAUGUUACCUACAAGCAAUUAAAGUCACAUUUCUUCUUUA